AUGCCCUUUUCCAAUAUUCGCGCACAAUAUGUCAUGUGCCAAAAAUGGCCGCCAGCGAACCGGCCUGCGGAGCGGGUAGGAUGCAGCGGUAUGCACCACAUCGCACUGCUCUUGAUGCUUCUCAUGAGGGCAACUGCCCAUUUGAAUAUGACGGCUUCACCUACAUCUGAUUCUACAUAUCUUCUCAGAAGUACAAUGCCACCAACUGUAUUUACUUUGUCAGUGACUAAAGCAAGACGAAUUUCAUCUAGACGGGGAAAGUCAGAUUCACCGAUGUUGAAUUAUAUUUUUGAUUCAUAUGCUACAAGUAACAAACAUUUCCAUGACAAUUUCAAAGGCCCGUCAUUCGAAGAUGACAUAAACUCUGACAAAAUUAUCAACACAGACACAGGUGCAACUGUUCUAUUUGAUUGUCGAGUUUCAUCGUUAAGAGAUAAAACAGUAUCCUGGCUGAGGGUGUCCAAUGACACAAAUCUAGAACUUUUGACUGUUGAUUUAGAGACUCAUACGACAGAUCCGAGAUAUAAAGUGGACGUUGCUGGUGAGACAUGGAAGUUGUCUCUCACGGAUGCUAAGGUUCAAGAUUCUGGAAUAUACUGCUGUCAUGUGUCAACGCAUCCGCCAAUGUUACGUCGAUUUCGCUUAGUUGUUCAUCCGCCCGAAAUAAAAAUGAACAAUGAAGCUUUCCUGGAAAGCGGAGAGACUCUAUCGCUCAAGUGCGCUGUGUUGCACUUAAAUCCCGGGGAAGCGAGUGAAUUACAUUGGUACCGAGGAAACAAUACCACGCCGCUUGAUGAGAUACGGUCUGGUGUACUAGUAGAGACAGAUCUUUUAACGCUCACAAGUCAUCUUCAGGUAGCUCAUCUUAAAGUGGAAGAUGCGGGAAACUACACCUGCGCCCUUGAAUCGCCUAUUACGAUGAGAGCCGUAGCGAGGGUUCAUGUAUUACAAGGUUCAAGUCUAGCUGAACUUCAGAGUGGAGUCAAGACAACAACAAGCUACAUAGGCUUACUUCUGACAUCACUCAUAAUUAUCUUCUACACGAAUUUUGAAGACGUAAGAUGA